ACGGGACAGUCCUCCCGGCGGAGGGUGGCGCUGCUGAGCGGAAACUAAGCGCCACGGGAUCCGGUGUCAUCAAACCGAAAGUAGUGCAGCCUGUCAGCCUGGACAGAAGUACCAAAUUUACAGCUUUUCUCACAAGGACACUUCAAGAGACGUGAACAAUGUCUCGCAGAUAUGAUUCCCGAACAACCAUAUUUUCUCCCGAAGGCCGCUUGUAUCAGGUGGAGUAUGCCAUGGAGGCCAUCGGCCAUGCCGGGACAUGUCUGGGUAUUCUGGCAAACGACGGAGUGCUGCUAGCAGCAGAGAGGCGCAACAUCCACAAACUACUCGACGAGGUUUUCUUCUCUGAAAAGAUCUACAAACUUAAUGAAGACAUGGCGUGUAGUGUUGCUGGCAUUACAUCUGAUGCCAAUGUACUGACAAAUGAAUUGCGGCUUAUUGCACAGAGAUAUUUAUUGCAGUACCAGGAGCCGAUACCCUGCGAGCAGCUGGUGACAGCACUGUGUGAUAUCAAGCAGGCCUACACACAAUUUGGAGGAAAGAGGCCAUUUGGUGUUUCGCUGCUCUACAUGGGUUGGGACAAACACUAUGGCUUCCAACUGUACCAGAGUGAUCCCAGUGGCAACUAUGGAGGCUGGAAGGCAACCUGCAUCGGCAACAACAGUGCUGCUGCAGUGUCCAUGUUAAAGCAGGACUACAAAGAGGGAGAGAUGAGUCUGUCCUCCGCUUUGGCUUUGGCCAUCAAAGUCCUCAACAAAACAAUGGACGUGAGCAAGCUCUCAGCAGAAAAAGUGGAGAUUGCUACCCUGACACGAGAAGAUGGGAAAACAAAAAUCAAAGUGCUGAAACAAAAAGAAGUAGAAGAACUCAUUAAGCGACACGAGGCUGAAGAGGCCAAAGCUGAGAAAGACAAAAAAGAGAAGGAGCAGAAGGAGAAAGACAAAUGAGCUAAAUAAUCAUUUUUCAUUCUUGCUACCAAAUUCUGUGUUUUUGUCUUUUACAUUAAAAGUUGGAAACUUA